CGAAAAAGAGAGAGAAAAUAAAUAAUUGUGUCUACUCUAGACAGAUAAAACAACACAAGAGCCAGAACGAUAGCAGAGGAGAGAAGUGGCUUUGGUCAGUCGCGGUGGCUUUAGCUUGCGAAAUUGGCUAUUGCGGUUGUCCAUUGCUAUUUCUUCUCUCUUUUACAGUAACAAAAAAAUAAAUUGAAAAAAAAAAACUCGCAUCUUCAUGGCUUAUCUCUGUAUUUUCUUCUUAAAUUUUUUGGUGUGUUUUCUGUUAUCAACUUCUGUUUCUGCUCUCAUGUUCUCUUCUGAUAUUGGAAAUGAAGAUUUUGGAGGUAAAACAAAUGAUUUGGAUAAGGAAAUCUUGAGAGAUGAGGCAGUUGCAAGGCUGAAUGAGCUUGCAAAGGUCAGUGAUUCUGAUGGCUGUCUUGAGAGAACAUUUAUGAGUGCAGCUUCUCUAAAGGCAGGGAAUCUUAUUCAAAGUUGGAUGGAGGAUGCUGGUUUGACAACGUGGGUGGACCAUAUGGGCAAUAUACAUGGUCGAGUUGCGGGAUCGAAUGCAAGUGCUGAGGCUCUAUUGAUUGGUUCUCAUUUGGAUACUGUCGUUGAUGCUGGGAAGUAUGAUGGGACAUUAGGCAUAAUUUCAGCAAUGUCUGCUUUAAAGGCAUUGAAAAGCAAAGGAAUGCUGAACAAACUAAAACGGCCAGUUGAGGUGAUUGCAUUUAGUGAUGAGGAGGGAGUGAGGUUUCAAUCUACUUUCUUAGGCAGUGCUGCUGUAGCUGGUAUUUUACCAGUUUCAGCAUUGCAGAUAUCUGAUAAGAGUGGUGUAACAGUGCAAGACAGUCUUAAGGAGAACUCCAUAGGGAUCACUGAAGAAAGUUUGUUACAAAUGAAGUAUGAUCCACGGUCUGUUUGGGGUUAUGUUGAGGUUCAUAUUGAGCAAGGACCUGUGCUAGAAUGGAUUGGUUUUCCUCUUGGCGUAGUUAAAGGCAUAGCUGGACAGACACGGCUAAAGGUUACAGUGAAAGGUUCACAAGGGCAUGCUGGCACAGUACCAAUGUCUUUACGGCAAGAUCCCAUGGCUGCUGCAGCUGAAUUAAUUGUAUUAUUAGAAAGUCUAUGUAAAUAUCCCAAGGACUUUCUGUCUUAUGGUAGUCAAUGCAACGGUUCCACAUUGGAAUCACUUUCAAGUUCCCUUGUUUGCACUGUUGGUGAGAUAUCCACCUGGCCAAGUGCUAGUAAUGUUAUUCCGGGCCAGGUAACUUUCACUGUGGACUUACGUGCAAUGGAUGAUAUGGGACGUGAUGCUGUCCUUUAUGAAUUAUCUAAUCGGAUUUAUCAAAUAUGUGAUAGGCGUUCUGUUUCUUGCAUCAUUGAACGCAAGCAUGAUGCGCAAGCCGUGAGUUGUGAUCCUGAAUUAAGUUCACAGCUGAAGCUCGCAGCCAAUGCUGCCCUGAAGAGAAUGACCGGCGAGAUUCAAGAUGACAUUCCCACAUUAAUGAGUGGAGCUGGACAUGAUGCAAUGGCCAUGUCUCAUUUGACUAAGGUCGGAAUGCUAUUUGUGCGCUGCCGUGGAGGUAUAAGUCACUCUCCUGCAGAACAUGUGAUGGACGAUGACAUUUGGGCAGCUGGUUUGGCAAUCGUGGCAUUUCUCGAGACUCACAUGUAAAUAGAACAUUCAAGAACAUUCUUGUACAGGAAAUUAGUCUCUCUUUAGUGUAAUCUCAUUUUGAAAAAUAAAUUUGUGCAAUUUCAAUCUCA